AUGUUUGCUGGCCUGUUGCGUCACAACCACCAUCUGAUAGCUAACAGCUAGCUACAAUACUACACAACUUUAUUAGCUUGACAGGGAAGUUUCAACACUUCCGUUAUUUAUUACUGCCUGUAGUUGGAGUCGAUUCAUCUUCCUCCAUGAGCAGGUUAGAGUGUUUGGCGAAAUCGUCCACUGGUUCAAAGAAACAGUUGACAGCAGAGGUCACAUCUACUCCUGCUGAGAAAAGCAAACCAAAUGACAAAGCGGGGAAGAAGACAGUCACUGAUACACAUUGCAGGAGUCCUCCUGCCCGUGUACUGCCUUGUUCUGUACAGGAGACUGAAAAGUCUGGGUGUCCAAGAGGUGCAGUUCUGAAUACAGAUGAGUGCUCUCCAAAGGAUUCCAUCGGUGUAACACCAAGGGCUGAGGAACAUGCACAGUCGACUGCAGCGCCUGAAGAUGAGCUGAAAAUGAAAGACUUGGCAGAAGCACGGCCUCCGGACCCAGCAGUAACAGGAGGAGCAACACAUGCUGCCCCAGCAUCUGAGCCUCUUCCCACAUAUGAGGAAAAUGAAGAACAAACCGAGGAGGAGGAGGAUGUCGAGGAAGAAGAACUUAAGGCACCAGUGGAGCUGAUAAUUGAGUUUCUCAGAGCUGUGAUGGACGGAGACUUCCAGCUGGCCAGCAAACUGUGUCAGAUGAUUCUCAUCUAUGAACCAGGCAACCCUGAGGCCUCCGAGUUUCUCCCGCUGAUCCAGAAGAAGCUUUCGGAGGACCAAGAGGCAGAGCAGAGCACUGAGGAAGAAGAAGAAGAUGAUGAUGAUGAUGAUGAUGAUGAUGAUGAUGAUGAUGGUGAUGAUGAGUCUGGAAGUGAUGAGGAGUCUUCUCAGAGCUCAAGCUGCUCCUCUUCAUCUUGCUCCUCCUCCUCCUCAUCAGAUGAAGAUGAGGAAGAAGAAAAGCGAGUGAACAGACACAAGCCGUGCCCCCCCUCCCAAAUUUGCCCCUAGAUAUGUUGUAACGAUCCAGGAGAGGCAACUCGCAAGUAAAAUAUUUACUGUGGACAAAG